AUGGCUCUUCGAGCCGCUCCAUUGACUCCAAAUGCCCAAGCGACCCAGACCGUACAGACUCCUCACAUUAGCACGCCUACCGGAACAUGGAGACAUCCGCGAAUGGAUGAGAUCAAUCAACGACAGCACGCAGCAACUUUCAACGACCAGAAUAUCCGCAUGAUACUGUGGAACAUCUCAAUUCUCGCGGUUACCUUUAUCUCGACCGCGUUUCUACCGGAAUUAUCCAGCUACUACUUUACUAAACUCUCGCCCUACUCCGACUACAUCCUCCUAGCGCUCCGUCUCAUCCUACUCUUCAACGCAGUCACCGCCCUAUACCCCCUCUUCCGCCGCAAAGAUGACUUCUCCGAUAUACCCCUUACACCCUCGCAGCGCAAACUGCUCGGUCUAGAGCCGAGUAGUACACCCGCGACGCCAGGCUCGCAGUACAUCACACCACCACGCUAUGCGCGCUCCUCAACACCCAGACGCGGCAGCGGAAGCGGCAGUCGACCGCGUCCAGCAUCCGACCCACCUCUUUCCGGGCGCGGAAGUCCUGCAGGGGGAAUGAGCAACGGGUCGCCGUUCACGUCGACAGUGAGUCCGCUAUUGCAAAAAGCGAUGGGAGAGGGGUCGACAAGGAGGUUGAGCUACGGACGGGAUUCUCCAUUGGGCGCCAGCAGUUUCGGAGCGAGUAGUUUUGGCGCGAGUGGAUAUGGAGGACCGGAGAGUUUGGGGAAUAUACCGGGCACGCCGACCCCGAUGGGUGGUGGGAAGGGGGCGAGCGUGGGGUUGAACAAUAAGUGGCUGUAUGAACGGGGCAGGGGAAGUCCGGGGGGAAGGAGCAUUUACUCUUGA